AUGACGUGCAAAAAUAAAAACAAAAAUUCAUUUUCCCCGCCGCGUGGACAUCCAUCGAUCGACAACAACAACAACUACUCACACGCAAAACCCUUUCUCUCUCUUUUUCACUACAAACAGGCCGCGUCUUCUAAAUCUCGCGCUCGAACCGCCGGCGGUCGAGGAUCGGUCGUCCAAACCAAAGCGUUUUUCAACUUUGGUGGUAAGAAGAAAGAAGCAGCCGGGCAACCGAUGGUGUGCAUCGACUGCGGAUAUAUUUACAGAGGUGAUUUCAGCGCGUUGCCGAACUCGUACAGAUGCCCGACUUGUGGGGUCGGGAAGAACAGAUUCAAAGCCGCGAUGACGCCGGCGGUUGGUGUCGCGCCACCGAAAAGACAGGCACCGACCUUUAACACCGCGGGCGUCUUAGCCGAAAAGAAGAGAAACAAGGAGGCGUUCCGAGCGAGAAGAGCGGCGGCGGGUAAGGCGAAGAGUCCGAGAGAGUUGGCGAGAGAGAAGAUGCUCGAGGAGCAAGCGAAGAAGGACUCCAAGAAAGGAGGUGGUUUCUUCGGUCGCUAA